AUGCUCAAUAUCUUCUUAGAAUUGUGGAAGGCACAACAAGAAAACAGAGUUGUUAUACCAGAGCUAUACUUUCCGGAUACAUUUAUUUUAGAUGAGAAUCACGAUUUUAUAUGGGUCUUUCGCUCUAAAUAAGAAGGGAAAAUUCUUAGGAAAAAAAAAUAGAACUCUUCAGUUGAUAAUAUUGUUAAGAGCUUGGUUGGACAGAAUUUAAAUUUAUCGAUUGAAUAUUCUUCGAUAGAUUGUACCUAAUUAAACUAAAAUUCUAUCAAUAAUAAUUACUAAUCAGUUACUGUUCAACCUGAAACUCCAUUUGCAACUUUCAGCAGAUUGAAUGAUUAAGGAGAGAUUGAAAUAUAGCAUUUUAACUCAGACCAAAUUAAAAAAUUCUUUGGUGAAGUAGAAUAUAAAAAUGCUCUUCCAAGAGAUUCUAUUUUCCUUUAGAGAUAUCUGAGGACUGACUAAAAUGAAAUACAUAAUCAUUUCAUAAAGGUAGUUUAUAAUAACAAUUUUAUUCAGAUUGAGAAGAGACGUAACUGUUUUUUCUGGUAAAAUCUUACUGAGAAUUCAAAUAAACCCAAGGAUCGUGAAUAUUACAAUUGUCUCAUUUCAUAUGAAGGCCCUGAACAAUUCACAGAAGUUGAAAAAAUAAAUGAAUAUACAGCUAAUUAGUUGAAAUAUAUUGUAAAGUAAAUUUGUAUUUAACUUGAGUCUAUUCACAUGAAAGAAAGAGGUAAAGUCAAAUAGAUUUCUCUAAUUUUUAAGAAAAUUAAUGACAUCAUUUAUUUGUUGCACUGCAAUGAGAUUUCUUUUGAAAGAGAACAGCACAUUCCAAAGCUAUGGAGGAUGUCUUUUAAAAAUCCAUUCAUAGUUCCGCUUCAUAUUAGAUGUACUUCAAAACCUUUAUUGCCACCUUAAUAAAAUUAGAUUGUAAAUAGAUCAAUGCUACAAGGAGGUAUCAAUAAAACUGUAUCUAAUUAAAGCAACAAUUUAAAAAAUUUAUAACUUAACACAAGCAAUGAUUCUAACUUAAAGUUAAGAAGUAUGCUAAAUAAGUAAUAGAUAGAUAAUACUAUGUUUGAAGAAAAGGAAAAUAAAAAUAAUUCUAUUGAUUAAAAAUAUUAAAUGUGUAUCUCUUGUGGUUAAGGCUCAUUAAUGUAGCUUCAAGAUGUAAUGAAAAAUAAACUUUUGAGGAUAAGAAUUAAGAGAGGAGUAAGAGAAAACUUUAAUGGUUUGCGUCCUUUGUAUGAAAGCUAACAAAAGUAAGAAAAAGCUCUCUUUGAUAAAUACACAACAGUUAAGGUUUGUCAUUUAUGUUUUGAAGCAUAUCAAGAAAUACAAAAAGAAGAUGAAUCCCAAUAGCAGUUAAACUUAUUUUAUUAGAGCUAUGGCUAUUCUGUUAAAGAAUAAUCUCAAAUUGCUAAAAAGAAAUAGGUGAAUAUCCACAAAGCUAGGUCAAAGAGCUUUAAUUUAGUGUCGAUCGACCAAACAAGCGACAACAGUACUUCACUUAUAAAUGGACAGUUUUUAACUCCAAUAGAAAACAGCUCUUUAAAAAGAAGAAAGAGUGUUAAUUAAUGUGAAGGAGAAGAAGAAGAAGAAAAUUCUGAAGAUCAUUUUGAUGAAUCUUUUCUAAAAAAUAUAAAUGAUUAAUCAAUGAUAAAUAAAGAUUAAUCUUUUUCAUACAGAUUAAAUGAAAAUUCAUUUGACACUAAAUAGCUCAAUAAAUCUUUUGAGCAAAAAAACUCAAUUUAAAAUGGCUUAAGAGAAAGAUCAAUCAUACAGAGAGCUCAGCUUGUUCAAUCUAGAUAAAAUGAUUCAAAUGAAGUGAGUACUUAUAACUUUAAUAAAAGGCAUCAUUCAUUCUCAAAAGCAUAACAAAUUAACAAUUAAUAUUACCAACUAAAUAAAAAUCUUCAAUACAAAUUCAAAGAACUGAGAAGUAAGAGUACUUAAAGAUCUUAAAAUUUAUCAAACAUACUUCCUUAGUUUUCAGAUUUGUAAAAUGAUGAUGCCAGUUUAAUUAAUGACAUGAGCUUCAUAUAGAAAGCUCAUAACAUGAAUUCUAUUACUCCAAUUACUGUAGCAGAUCAGAAAACUAUUAGUGAAGCCUUAAAUUUAUUAUAAGAAACAAGCAGCAAAAACUUAGAAGGGAAAAAUUUGAAUAACAGAAAGAUAUCGAGACUGUAUCCGAUAUCUGUAGGAAGAUAAAGACCAUCUAUAAACCCUUCCUUAAAAUAGCAAUAUCAAGUUAUCAUUUAAAACUGCAGUAUCACUCCAAUAAGUAACGCUAAUCUAAACGAUUAAAGUAGUAUUAGUAUAUAAAGCAAUAACAAGAAUAGGAAGAACAAUUUAAGUACUUAUAAUGUUGUAAGUGAGUACUUUUAAUAGUUAGAAGACAGCAGCUUUAUGGCUAAUUAAACAAACUUAGGCAAUAAUGAUGAUACUUUCUUGAAGAAAUUUUAUCAACAGCAAGCAAUUGAAAAAGAUAAAAGGUAGAGUGAAUAAAUGAUUGAAAUCAAUAGUAUAAAUAACAGUAAAGACUACAUUAGCAUCAAUAAUAUAUCUAAUAACUAGUGUCUUAGAAGUGAGGAUAUUCUCAAUAAAAUGAGAGACAUAAAUAAUUCAAAGGAGAUGAUAUCAGAUUCUCAUGAAAAAAUAAUCUCUGAUUAUAAUUCUAUCUACAAAGACCAGAAAUAUCAAGUAUAACUUUUAAAGCAAAAAAGUAGUUUAGGAAAGGUAAAUUCUGCAUAUGAAAAUAACACCUCUUCUACAACCAAUAUAGUAAAUAGAAGUAGAAAUUCAUCUACAGCAUCCAAAUCUACAAAUAACACUUCUCUCACAUAAAUUCAGCAAAGAAAUAAUAGCGUUGAUCUAGAAGGUAGACUGUUAGCAAAUAUUAGAUACUUAGAAAAAUAACUUUAAGAAUCAGAAAUAUAAAAUAAAAUAAAUAAUAACUAACUUCCAUAAGAGAAUUAAAAAGAAAAUAAUUAUAAUAUUGUUAAUACAAAAUAAAACACAAAUAAUUUUGGUAGUAUAAAAACAUAGCAACCAAAUUAAAAUUUUUAAUUACCACCAAAGCCAGUUAUAUCUCAAAAAUCAAUAACAAAAUAAAGUAAUAUUAAAAUACCAAACACUUCUAAUCCUCUAUCUGAAAUAUAAUUUUAGCAAUAACUGAAGAAUAAUAAUAAUACUGAAAAUAAACAAAUAUAAUAAAAAAAUAGAAAUUCUUCUAAUUAAAUAGAUUACUAACAAUCUUCAAAGUCUUUAUAAACAAACAAAAAAAAUCGCCCUGAAAACUCGGUAGAUAAUAUCCAAACAUCAUAAAGUAUAAGAAAAAUUUUAUGA